AUUAGAUUUGGCAAAAUACGCAGUUAAUGCAAACGCGUCUAUAGCAUUAGCUAAAUUUUUCCAUAGCUAUUUCCGAGAAUGCGCGUCAUUUAUCUGUCAAAAAGACCGUGGCAGGUUUGGACAAAGUUUCAGAGUCGCAAUUUGCGAUAUUUAUCAAAAAUGUCCGACAAUUCACCACCGGGAAACAGUGAUGAACCUGUCGUUGACAACAUCCCGCCAAAUGCAUUCGAAGGUUUAGGUUCCAGACUUCGCGAUCUAGAUGUUGAUUCAAUUCGUCGUUAUUUAGCAUCAAAGCUAGGCUUUUAUGAGCCAUCAGAACCUUCGACACCGACAGAACAAGUAUUGGAAGAAGUUUCCUUAGACGGAAUUGUGAAAUGGAUACAGAGUGAUAAAUGCAAAAAUAUAAUAACACUGUCAGGUGCAGGAAUCUCUACUUCUGCUGGAAUUCCCGACUUCAGGAGUCCUGAAACAGGUUUAUAUCACAAUCUACAAAAGUACAAUCUCCCGGAACCACAAGCAAUAUUUGAUAUUAGCUUCUUCAGAGAUAAUCCUAAGCCAUUCUUCACAUUGGCCAAAGAAUUGUACCCGGGAAGUUUUAAACCAACAAUUUCACAUUAUUUCAUCAGACUUCUACAUGAAAAAGGAUUAUUGCUCCGUCAUUACACACAGAAUAUUGACACAUUAGAGAGAGUCGCCGGCUUACCGGAGGACAAAAUUGUUGAAGCACAUGGAACAUUCUACACCUCACACUGUCUUAAUUGUAGGAAACAAUACUCUUUGGAAUAUGUUAAAGAAAUAAUAUUUGCCGAUCAAAUACCAAUAUGCACAGAAUGUCCAGGCAUUAUCAAGCCGGAUAUUGUAUUCUUUGGUGAGAGUUUGCCUGAGAGGUUCCAGACCUGUCUCCAGGAAGACUUCCAGAAGUGCGACUUGCUCAUCAUUAUGGGAUCAUCCCUAGAAGUACAACCCUUUGCAUCUCUCAUAGAUAUGGUGCCGGAGUGGUGUCCGAGGUUGUUGAUCAACCGUGAGAAGGCUGGAGAGCGUUCGCCCCUGCUGCGGCUGUGCGGGCUGGCGGGGGGGCUGCAGCUGGACGAGCGCUCCGUGCGCGACGUGGCGCGUCUCGGGGACUGCGACCACGGCUGCCGUGACCUCGCACAACGCCUUGGAUGGGGGGAGGAAUUACAAGCAUUAGUGAGUUUAGAACAUGAACGCUUGGAGCGGGAAGUAGGCAUUGCACCACAGGUUCAGGUUUCCAUCCCGGAGACAGCGGACUUAGCGGGGACCAGCUCUGAAACUAAACUGUAAGCAAACCAUGGCUUCUGCUCCUGCCUGCGCAAUUGGCCAGUACAGGUAGAUAGUACUCAAGCACUGGAUUAGUCAACAAGAAUGUUGCCAAGUCGGCCUGGUUUGCACUUAAGUCUAACUAAUGGCCAUUUAUGAACCAGUCAAACGGUGGUAAUACACAUGCCAGUAAAAUGGAAAUCACUAGUUAGACAGUUACAUGCGCGUAAUAUGUUCUCAUACCAGGAAAAUGUUCAAGAGGAGCUCUGUAUCCCCCUCUUACCAGCUCCUCCCCAAUAAGGGUUAAGAGUAACCUAAAUUAAGGAUAACUUGUAUAUCAGUAACUGUCACAAAAUUAAACCAUGCUAGUGAUUGCAGCUAGAACGUGAAGUUUUCGUGCACAUGUGCCAGCUACUGGCAUUUAUAAUCCUUACAAAUAUCCACUGGAGUGCUCGCUGCUUGGAUAGAUUGCUUUUAAGCUGUGUGCCGGUUGAAGUUAGUCAGAAAAUUUCCAGUUUCUAAUACCGAUACCAACCGUCACCACUAAAAUGGCGGAAAUUAAAUUUACCACCAUUUUGUAAAAUACUAGCAACUACUAGCUUUAGCCUUUCCAGUGGAAUAUAGUCUAUGAUUGCAAGUAAUAGAGUAUUUUCAUUGCAACGGCACAUGUAUUUUCUCCUCUUGUUUGUCAAUGAUAAUGUAAGUCAACAUAAUAAAUCUAUAUCUUAAAAGUUAAAUGUAAUAAAAUAUUAAUGGUGUCAAUCGAAUUGUUCAUGAAGUUUUCUGACUAAAGCAUUUUAUUAUGAAAUACAUCAAUAAUUUAACUAAACUAGAGUACUAAUUUCUAUUUUAAACGCGUCGGAACAUAUUGACAUUUCAUUCGCAACUCCCCCUCUCCCUAUUGACACUAAAAAUGUUAAAUAAAUAUAAAAACUACCAUAAUACAAUACUAAUGGUAGUCAUGGGGAGACUACCUAAAUCCUACUACUACCUACACACCUAAAUCAAGUAGCGACGCUCUUAAUUGACGCCCUUAAUAUUCUAUUAACUGACAAUAUCUCUAUACUCGUUUUGACAAGUUUCAAACGUUUCAUAUUUUCAAAAACGAAAAAAAACAUUUUUAAGUAAAUUAUUUGACAACUAAAACUGUCAAAACGCGUCUGUCUUUGACUAGUACAGUUUUAGGUUAGGUUAGCAUGUGUGCAUUUUAUGGUUUAUCGUGUAUACAAUGAGAAAAGGCAAAGCAUUUCAUAUCUAGCAUUAGAUUUUUUUAUAAUUUAAUUAAAAAAAUAAAAAACAUAUAGCUAAAAGUUUAUAUAAUGGCAAUAAUUGUCUAUGCAAUACGUCAAUAAUGAGCUUAAUCCAUAGACGAAUGUAUAAAAAUAUUUUGCUAUAAGCUGCAAAAGUAAUGUUUAAAAAUUCCAAUUAAUAAGUCUUUCAAAAUAUUCCUAAAAUAUAUUCCUGAUACAAUUGAUAUCAACAAAUGACAUUUUAAUUUAUAGUAGUGCAUUGUGAAUAGUUUUAUGGGAGUUAUUUAUUGUAAUUUAGUAUUAGUGCAUUUUCAUUCGUGCAGAAAAUAACCCGUGUACCUGCUUUCAUACUCUUUAGUAAUUCUUUCCUAACAUAUGACAACCUCCUAUAGUUUUAUUAAAAACUAAAUUAAAAACUAAAAAAAAUCUUUAAUCAAUAAAUAUUAAUAUCUAAAAUUCUUAUAUAUAUUAUCAUAUAAUCAUAGGAUAGUCCAUGGACGUCGCCAGCUGAUCUGGGUUAGGCGAUGACAAGUGGGGGGUAGACUGAUAAUCAAGGGGGCUAAGUUUUUUUAUUUCAAAGAGUAAUAUUUUACUGAAAAACUGAUUAGUCGUUUUUUUUAAUUAAUUAUGUUAGAUGUUUCCUCAAAUGACUUCCUUUAUAAUAUAGACGGAGGCAAUGACUUGUAAAUAAAUUUAAAACACAAACUGAACUCCAAUGCGACAACGCAAAGAUAUCGAACGUUCCGUGGUGACUAGAACAACACUGAACUUGUUGGCGACUAAGCGCCCUAGCUACUCGCCAUGUAUUUUAUAAAACUAACCCCCCCCCACUAUUCCUUCCGUUUCCUAAUAUUUUCCUAACAAUAUUAUUGUUUAAAUAAAGAUAAAUAUUAUCGAUAAACAGACCAAAUAACUUUUUUAAGAAUACAGAAUAUAUCGAAAUAGUUAAAAAGCUAACAUGUGGGUCUUUGCUUAUAUAUCUUAGUUUUUUAAUUUAUUUUAUUUAUUUUUACUAUUUUCGACUGUCUCGGAAGGGGCAUGUGGUGACGCCCAUGAGAUAAUCUAGGUAUCGGUAUUUUUUAAUCACUGAAUUAUUAAAACAUAAAAAAAUAUUCUCCUACCUUUGAGAUAAUUUUUAAAAACCAAAUAUAAUAUUUUAUAUUGCAUGCAUUCUUAAUUUUUCCUCUUAUAAUAAGUUACUUACGAAGUACAAUUAUUUAUUUGCUUGUUUGUUAAUAAAAAAAUAACUUUUUUAUUAAUUAUGGAUUCUUGAGUAAACUUGAGUAGAUGAGUUUAUUUAUUUUUAAAACGAACAUGCGUUUAUUCUUAAAAUAUGUACAAUAUUAAUAAUAAUAAAAAAUACUAUCAUAUUGGACUGCUUACAGUAAAAUAACGUCAAUAUGUUGAGAAUAUUUUUGAUUCCAUUAUACAAAAGUUAAACAAAAAUAUUAAUUAGCAAUAUAUGAAGUUGUGAGAUUCGUUAGUAUUUAAGACUCAAAUAAAUACAUUUUUAAAUGUUUCGAAAUUCUCAGAAAAUGAAAUAAAAAGAGAUGCUUUACUUUUGAGUCUUAAAUACUGCAUAGAGUCAAAGACUGAAACAAUAAGCAAUGCUGAAUGCCUUUAAACAUGUAUCUAUGUAUAUCCAUAUAUUUAUGUAACACAUAUAUAAAAAAUCAAUUUUAUAUCAUAAUCAUUAAGGUGGAUUUUAUUUAAAGUUAAUUUAAAAUUUUACCUAAUAAAGGCAUGUUUUAGUGUUGAAGUGCUUAAAUUAGUGAGUUAAUAAAAUGAUUUUCUGCCCUGAGUUAUCUUCUUUUUUCUCAAUUGCAUUUUAAAAAUCAGUGAGACCAUGAUCCUAUCAUAAUUCAACAAAUGAUCAUGUUCUGCCCACAACUCUGUCGACAUGGAAUUAAAAAAAAAAA